AUGUUCGCUGCCUGGGGAGCGGGCCGCGAGUGGGCUUCUUGGUGCUGUUUUUCAGGUCUCAUCGAAUGUUACCUCGCCUCUAACAGUAUCCGAGAGGCCAUGGUGAUGGCUAACAAUGUGUACAAAACUCUGGGUGCAAAUGCACAGACGCUAACGCUGCUCGCCAGCGUGUGUCUGGAGGACCCAGUGACGCAGGAGAAAGCCAAGACGCUGCUAGAUAAAGCGCUGAGCCAGAGGCCCGACUACAUCAAGGCCGUGGUGAAGAAGGCGGAGCUGCUGAGCCGGGAGCAGAAGUACGAGGACGGCAUCGGCCUGCUGAGGAGCGCGCUGGCCAACCAGAGCGACUGCGUGCUGCACCGCCUGCUCGGCGACUUCCUGGUGGCCGUCAACGAGUACCAGGAGGCCAUGGACCAGUACAGCAUCGCGCUCAGGUGGGCCUCUGGAAAAGGACCAAGGCCUGGCGGCUGGGGCCGAGGCUCAAGCGGGAGAGCGGCACUGCCGC